AUGGCCCAGGAUGUUGAAAGUCAAGUUCUGCAGAAGGAUUUUAUUUUGAAGGCUCUGACAGGAAGUUGUGAGGUGUCUCUGUCUAACUUAAGAGGAGGAAACUUUGUUCAGUGCGUCAGCGGUGCUGUGAUCGAGCUGUGUGCGCCUGUUCUCAGAGUUAACGGGACUUUCAGCGGAGAGGAAGAUGCUGCUGUGGCUCGUGCUGCAGGUCCUCGGUGCUCCUCCAUGAUUGGUGCAUCCAGGGUGGAUGGAUUGUACCGAUUGGCUAACGACCGGGAGACAGUGCAUCAGAAGACAUCGCCAGGGACUGCCAGGUCAUUCAUCCUCGGCCCAACCCAACCGGCAGACUUUUCCCAGCAUCUGGCUGUGGUGGUGGAGGUGUAUGAGGGGGAAACAUCUGUCCAGUUGCCGUGCCAGGACACAGGUGUUACACUUAAGAACCGCACAGUGCUGUGGACUCGCAAUGAUCUCGACCCUAAAUCUGUCCAUCUGAGACGAGAGGAAACAGAUGAUGUAACAGGACAAAACCAGCGUUACAGCGGGCGCACAUCAAUGAGGCCUGAUGCUCUGGACGCUUUAGACUUCAGCCUCACUCUGAAAAACCCCCAACCAACAGACAGCGGCAUCUACACCUGCUCCAUCCUAAAUGAAAGGGAGGAACUAAAACUGACAGACAUACAGCUGCAUGUCAAAGAUCAGCAGGUGGAGGUGAAGGUGGAGGAAGGAUCAGACUCUGUCGUCCUGCCCUGCAAAACAAAACCUGACCUGCCUGAAAAGGCCACAGUGGAGUGGACUCGCCCCGACCGAGAGCUCACUAUGGUCCAUUUGUAUGUAAACAGAAGUGACCAUCCUAAAAAUUUAGACAACCUUUACUGCGGCCGCGCAAAGAUGAACAAAGACCUGCUGAGAACUGGAGACCUCAGUCUGACCCUGGAAUACCCCACAGAGAGAGACAGUGGAGGAUACAUCUGCACCAUCUACAGGGACAAAGACAUCCUGAGACAGAAAGUAGUGCUGCAGGUCAAAGAACCGUUUCCAUCCUGGGCCACAGCUCUCCUGGUUUUUCUUGUUCUUCUUCUAGUUGUUUCUGCGGGUCUUUUAUUUCAAUUCCGUCAUUAUUUGGUGUCAGGUGAGUGUCUCCUACUACACUACCCAUAAUGCCGAUGGUUAGCAGAGCUGAAGAGAAACUUUCAAGUUUGUUCCAGAAGUCACAAAACCUCCUUCAGACUCAAUCAUUGAUCAGUGAACUUAAUCAAAACACUCACAUGGAAAAAUGUGCUGACAGUAAAUAAGCUCAGUCUGUCUGUUCUUCUGCUCUUCAUCCAACAUGUCUGCAGACUAGUUACCAAAGAACGAGUCAGCAACACAUCAGGACCAUGAUGGA